AUGGGCGAGACCGAGGUUGUCAACGAGAAGCGUACCGAUGCUGUGGACACAGCUUCGUCGGAGUCGCAGCUGAGCUCUGAAGCUCCCCAGACCAAGCAGUCCGGGUCAGGCAUCCUCACAUUCUUCCAACUCCUCAUCUACGCGCACCCGACAUGGCGCGACUACCUCCUCUUACUUAUCGGCACCGUUGCUGCCAUUGCCUCCGGUGUCCCAUUCCCUCUCAUGGGUAUCAUCUUCGGUCAGCUUCUAGAUGACAUGAACGACAGCAGUUGCGAUCCAGAGCUUGACAUCUCUCUUGUCGAUCCUGCUAUCGCCAAAGCUACUCAGCAUGAGCUUCAAAAAGAAGUAAACAAGAAGGUUCUCAUCCUAGUAUACCUAGGAAUCGCGUCCUUCGUCCUCAUUUACACCUACAUCGUCUCCUGGAACCUCUUCAGCCAGCGGUUAGCCCAGCGUCUAAGAGAAAAAUACUUCAUCUCCCUCCUCGGCCAGGAUGCGGCCUUCUUCGACACUCGCAAGGCUGGUGAGGUCUCGUCGAGACUCAACAGCGAUAUUCAGGUUGUCCAGACUGGAACCUCCGAAAAGGUCGGCAUGUACAUUGCCACAAUCUCCUUUUUCAUCACCGCGUACGUCGUCGGUUUCACGCGAGACGCCAAGCUCGCCGGCAUGCUCAUCUCUCUGGCCCCGGCUUUCCUUCUCAUGGGCAUUCUCGGAGGACAUUACGUCGAGAAGUUUACCGGCGCCGUGUCCGCGGCCGUGGGACAUGCGUCGUCUGUUGCCUCUGAAGCUCUAACCCAUAUUGCUGUUGUCCACGCCUUUGGUGCCGCUCCGAGACUCGAGGAAAAGUUCUCGAACAACAUGUUGACGGCGCAAAAAGCCGGUAUCAAGAAGGCAAUUACGACUGCUAUCCAGGCCGGUGCGCUUUACUUUAUCGCAUUUUCUGCCAAUGCGUUAGCGUUUUGGCAGGGAAGUAUCAAGAUCGCCGAUACCGUCGAGGGCAAGGGCAACAAUGCCUCCAUUGGUCAAAUCUACACCGUGGUAUUCCUCAUCGUGGAUGCCUGCGUCCUACUCAGCCAAGUCGCGCCCUUUUUGUCCUUGUUCAGCGGCGCCUCUGCUUCCUUCAUUAAGCUGAGGGACGAUAUCAGCCACCAACCUGCUAUCAACGGUACCAGCGACGAUGGCGUACGGCCGAGCAAGCCCGCCGAAGGCACAAUCGAGUUUAGAAACGUUGAAUUCGCGUAUCCCUCCCGCCCCAACCAGACCACCCUCAAGGACGUUUCGAUCACGAUUCCCGCUGGCAAGCAUACAGCUGUCGUCGGCCCAUCUGGUGGAGGCAAGUCGACUAUCGUUGCUCUACUUAUGCGUCUUUACGAUCCCAUCAAUGGAGAGCUAUUCUUGGACGGAAUGCCUUUGAAAGACCUCAACGUCAAGUAUGUCCGAAGCCUUAUUGGCAUGGUCCAGCAGGAGCCGACUCUCCUCAACCGGUCCGUCUUGGAGAAUAUUGCUCUGGGUCUCGUCAAUUCGUCCAACCCCAAGCAUGCAGAGCUCCAGCCCGCCCUGAUCAGCCCCGAGCUGCAGAAGCUUGCCGCCGAGGUCAAGGAUGGCAAGGAUAUGAUCGAGGCCUCUGCCAGCUACAGUGCCGGCGUCCAGACCAUCGCCAAGCUUGUUGCUGAGGCAGCUGACCUUGCCGACGCGGCCCCCUUUAUCAAAAAGCUUCAGCACGGCUUUGGUACCCCUGUCGGAACUGGGGGAUCGCAGCUCAGCGGUGGUCAGAGGCAGCGUGUUGCCCUGGCUCGAGCUCUCAUCCGCGAUCCCAAGAUUCUCGUCCUCGACGAAGCCACUGCCUCCUUGGACUCGGCAACCGAGCAGCGCAUCCAAGCCAACCUGGAGCGCAUUUCCCAGGGCCGCGCUGUUCUCUCCGUUGCGCACCGUCUCUCAACCAUUAGGAAUGCUGACAACAUCAUCGUAUUCAAGGCUGGUGGUGUCGUCGAGCAAGGUACUCACAGCGAGCUCGUCGCACUCGGCGGCGAAUACGCCGAGCUUGUGCGGCUCCAGAGCUUGGAUAAGGAAGAUGACGACGACAAUGCCUCGACGGUGCGAGAGGAGGCCUCCCUCGAGCUGAGCAAGGCCGAGCGUAUCGAUACCGUCAAGAGUGAAACGGGCGUCGCUGAGCCUCCCCCUAGCUCGGAACAGGGAUCCGAGGCUAGCAAGGAAGACGACGAUGCCCUCAAGGCUCACAUGCCUGGAGGUGCUGUGGUGAAGAAGAUUGGUUAUUUCAUUCGCCCCAACAUACCGUUUGUCCUCAUCGGAUGCGUUGCCGCCUUUAUUGUCGGCUGUACCUACUCGGCUACCGGUGUCAUCUUUGGACAGACGGUUGGCAGGGUCAAUUCAUGCACAGAGCCGAGCACGAUUCGAUCUCUGGGUAAACUCAUGUCUGGACUGUUCUUCAUGAUAGCCUGCGUCGAGUUCCUGGCCAACUUCUCUAGUUGGUCGUCUUUUGGUCUUAUCUCCGAGAAGCUCUUGUACCGACUGAGAGUUCUCUCUUUCAGGUCCCUGUUCAAGCAGGGUCUGGACUUUCAUCAAUCCCACCGCCGGGACCCAUCCAGCCUUCUGUCCAUUAUCACCAAGGACACUACCGAGCUUGGGGGUUUCAGCGGAUCGGUCAUGGGCACUCUCAUCGCCGUCACGGUCAACUUGCUCGUCGCCAUCAUCCUCUCGCAUAUCAUGGCCUGGAAGAUCGCCCUUGUCUGCCUCGUGCUGAUCCCUAUUCAGUUUGGGGCUGGUAUCAUGCAAAUGCUAGAACUCGCCCGCCACCAGAGGCGCCACACGGAGGCCUUUUCCAAAGCCGUGGGCAUCACGGUCGAGGCUGUCAACUCCAUCAAGACGAUUGCCACGCUGUCGCUCGAGCAGGAGGUCUACCAGACCUACCGCCGAGUUCUCAAGAAGCCGCGCAAGGAGAUGGCUGGCGCCAGCGCCUACGUCAACCUCUACCUUGCCGUCGCCUACUCCGUUGGCAACUUUAUCUACGCCUUCGCUUACUGGUGGGGUGCUAAGUUGAUCAUCCAGGGCGAGUACGGUCCUACGCAGUUCUUUACCAUUCUCGUGGCCAUGCUGGUUGGUGCUCAGCUCUGGGGACAAAUGUUUGCCCUCGCUCCCGAGGUGACCCGCGCUCGCUUGGCAGCUUCUCGCGUUCUCAACCUCGUCGACCUAGGCCUAGGAGAGGGUGAGAAGCGCCCACCUCUUCCCGACUACGAACCCAAGAGCGAAAAGGACGCCGAGGCCGCGGUAGGAGCACCCGCCAGCUCCGGUCUUCCUGCCGGACACGGAGGCCUCAGGGUCGCUUUCAAGGACGUAACCUUUUCGUAUCCUGCCAGGCCUGAACUUAAAAUCCUGGAACAUGUGUCCUUCGAGCUCGAGCCCGGAAAGUUCUGCGGACUUGUUGGACCCUCCGGAGCGGGAAAGUCUACAAUCAUGUCCCUCGUUCAGGGUAUGUACAAUACUCCUUCCGGAGUGGUCGAGCUUGACGGCGUCGAUAUCGGCCGGUUGGAAAACGCGACCUUUAGGGAUCAGAUCGCCAUCGUACCGCAAGACCCCGCGUUGUUUGACGGCACCAUCAAGUUCAAUAUUGGUCUCGGAGCCAAGCCCGGGCAAGAUGCCACUCAAGAAGAGAUCGAGGCGGCCUGCAAGAUCGCCAACAUGCACGACGUGAUCAUGGCCCUCCCUCAGGGAUACGACACCGAGUGCGGACCCAACGGCUCCAGGCUAUCAGGUGGCCAGAGGCAGAGGUUGGCCAUUGCCCGAGCCCUAGUGAGGAAGCCUAGACUCCUCCUCUUGGACGAGAGCACUAGCGCCCUUGACGCAGAGAACGAGAAGGCUCUGCAAGAGGGGCUGGAGAGGGCGGCGAGGGGCAUUACCGUGCUGGCCAUCACGCAUAGGAUCCACACGGUGAGGAGAGCCGAUGUGAUUCUUGUUGUGGAGGGAGGCAGGAUUGUAGAUCGGGGCACACAUGACGACCUGAUUGUGAGGAGCGAGAGCUAUAGGGCGAAUGCGCUGCAUCAACAACUGCAUUAG